CUACUAAAAAUUAACUAUAAUUUAGAGAGAAAAUCAAUAGUCAACAACAAUUAAUUUAAAUAAAUAAAUCGAUAACGCUCCAAAAAUUUAUAUAGUAGCUUAUAAAUAUCGCUGUUGUAUCAUAGCGUUAAAAAUAACAACUAAAUGAAUAGACUGAGCGAUAGUUCUUAGUAGCUAUUUUUAUAACCUCCAAUGCAAUUUAUAAUAAUUAUUAGUCAUUUGAGAUAAAUGGAGAGGUGACACGUAGUAUUUACUUUACUUAAAUUAAAUAUCAAUGUCGCAUCUUACAAGUAAGUUCAUGAUUUGUAGUGCAGUGAUGUUAUACGUGUGUACAAUGAUCGGCAACAGCAUUUGAUAUUUAUGUACGCGUCUAGAAGUUGUAUGCUGUGAUACUUUCCCACUUUUAUGAUUAGCAGGUAGAAGCAAAAACCAAAAAUGGCGAGUGUAUACAGUUGGUACAAGGACCUCCUCGACAACAGAAGUGAUCCACGAGUGGCAGACUGGGCCAUGAUGUCUUCCCCCCUACCGACGUUAGCCGCGUGCUUGUGUUAUGCGUUCUGUGCGAAAAAGCUUGGACCGACAUUGAUGGCGAAUCGAAAACCUUUUGAGCUACGAAAUGUACUUGUCAUAUACAAUUUUGCACAGACAAUAUUCAGCGCGUGGAUAUUCUAUGAGUACAUGGCAAGCGGUUGGUGGGGUCAUUACAACUUCUCGUGUCAACUUGUAGACUACUCGCGAAGUCCGACGGCUAUGAGGAUGGCGAACACAUGUUGGUGGUACUACUUCAGCAAGUUUACGGAGUUCUUCGACACACUCUUCUUUGUACUCCGCAAGAAGAAUGAGCACGUGUCGACCCUCCAUGUGAUACAUCACGGCAUCAUGCCUAUGUCUGUGUGGUUCGGACUUAAAUUUGCACCAGGAGGUCACAGUACAUUCUUUGCGCUGUUAAAUACAUUUGUACACAUUGUAAUGUACUUCUACUACAUGAUAUCGGCGAUGGGACGUAAAUACCAAAAGUACAUUUGGUGGAAGAAGUAUCUCACCGCCUUCCAAAUGGUGCAGUUCGUGUUGAUCUUCAGCCACCAGCUGCAAGUGCUGUUCCGACCCUCGUGCCAGUACCCUCGCGUCUUCGUCUACUGGAUCGCGAUGCACGGCUUCCUCUUCCUGUUCCUCUUCACCGACUUCUACAAGGCGCGCUACAAGAAGGGCGAGAAGAUAUCCAGAAUGAACAACGGCCUGUGCAUGACUGUGAUGGACAACGAUUCGCUGAGCGGUAAGAACGGCUACAAACAGGAGGAUUCGUCGGUCCCGAGCUCGUAUGCAUCGUCCGCGGCCGACGCGUUCGUACGGCGACGACCCCUACCCUGAGCCACCGACAUAUAGCUUUAAAACUACACCACAGAGUUAUAAUUAAUCUUAAGCGAUAUAUCGCGUUUUAAGCUGUCUUUAUUUGUUUACUAUGUGGCAUAUUCGGGGAAAUAAGUGUGGAAUAUUAGGGAGAUAGUUGUUAAUAAUGAUUUUAAUGUAACAAAAGAUUGACUAUGUCCUGCUAGAGCCUCUAGAUUGUUUGAUGUGUGAGUUAAUAACCUGCUGUUGUCGAUAUGUUUUUUCAAGAGGUGUCAGAGUCGGAAAGAUGCGAUACGCAGUCGCUAUUGUUUCCCGCCGCCGUUUAUUCUCCGGUCUAGUGUCGACUUAAUAUCUAUCUUAUCGGCUUGACACUCGGGUCUUGGAUGGAUCAGUUUAACAUUUUAAUCAGGUGAUUUAGGCGAAGUGAAAGUAUUUCUGUUUUUAUUCAGUAUCGUGUAGCAAAAUUAAGUAGAACAUGCUAGAUAAAUCAUAGUAUCUAACGCGUUAUAUAUUAUUAGAAUGAGUGAAGAUUUUCGUCAUAUUUUGGAACUGUUAUUUAUAUACACAGAGCCCACAUAUAAAUCAUAAAAUUUUAAUAUCGUCAUGUUAUUAUUUCGGGGAAGUGUUUUUGUGACGCCGAAUUAACAAUAUUUUAGUAUUAGUUUUUGUAAUGCCUGGAAAAUGAAAUUCAAAUCAUAGUUUCAAGGUUUUUGCAUCUUAACUUUGUAUGUUUACUUGUAUUAUUUAUUUAUAUUUAUACUUUCAAUGUCGCGAUGAAAAUAAACGCGUCACAGUUUAUAGCUCAAUCAGUAGGCUCCUUAUCCACCAAAGUGGAGAGGAGAGGAGACAAGAGGAGAUAAGCCGCAAAGCCGUCAGGCUAUUUCCAACAAAACGGAGAGGAGAUGUGAGCUGUGAGAACCCGAAAUCAGUCAAGUGAUGUGUACGAAAGGCCCACCUACACGCAUCUCCACUCUGCCGCGUCGCUUGAUCGCUGUACGUGGCUCAAAAUUCUGUAAAAAAUGUGACAUCUCCACUCCUCUCCGCUUGAUCCAUUUCCACCGAAGCUAUUCUAAGCGGAGAGAUCUGGAAAUAACGAAAUCUGAUUGGUUGUAAAAAUACAUCUCUUCUCCUCUCCUCUUUGGUGGAUACUGGGCCUUAGGUAUUGAUAUUCAUUGCAUUUAUGUGUAUUUCUUUACAAAUUAACAAAAAACCAAUGAACAAUAAUUAUUGUUUGAACACCGCUUGUUGUAAGCUUUCAAUGCACAAAGAGAUUUUAUAUUAAACUUUUAAUAUUGAAUGCCUUAUACUUUUAAGUACAAACUAAGUACGAUGAAUUAUUAAAUUUUAAUCUUGCAAAGUUUCUAUUUGCUGUCGAUUUAAGAGAUAGUGUUUCAUGUGUUACUUGUACUGUUCGAUCAAUGUUGAGAUCGCUGGGGUCUUUUAUAAUUUGUUCUGUACGCAAGUUGUAUAUUCGCCCGUGGCCGAUUGCAUACUAUACAUAAUAUUUUAGGCUUUUUUUGUAAAUAUUAUUAUAAUUUCUCUAUAACCUCAUGCCUAGAACAAUGUUACCACAGACUUAUCUGGUAAUGUAUGGUCGGGUCACAGCCGAUGUCAGCACACAGUCUGUGCUCAAUAUAGAAUACUGUAUAAUAAUUUGUAAUAUAAUUUAACUUUGAUAGUUUGUUUUUUGUAAUAAUUUAGUUUCUCAUAAUUAUUUAACGUUACAGAGCAGUGUAUUCACAAUUUAGUAUUAGGGAGUGUCGAGUAUACCUGAGCUUUUUGCAAUAAAUUAUAUGAUAUUAAUAUAGAUGGGUGAUUUCCAUUGAUUGAGUAGCGAUAUUAAAAUUUUCGAGAGGUUUCUGAUCUAAUCAGAGGAGUAAUUAGUAAUUUUUUUAGGAACUUUGUUAUAUUUACCAAGUACAGUCAUUAAUGGGUUAGGUUCAAGUAUCUAGGAUAAUGUAGGUAAAUGGUAAUAUAUUUCAAAAGUAACAAAUAGAUAUUGUUGUUCAUCCUCCUUAUAACCCAGGACACUACUUAAAACCUUUAUAUUCGCAAUACAAACAAUUCAUCAGUUGAGGUGAGCGGCCGCCGAGUACCUACUGAAUGCUCAUUGGACAGUUAAUGAUCACAACAUAACGCUAUUGGAUAAUGUACAAUUAAAUAAGAUCUGUGUUCGUAAUGUGGUAUUUUAUUGCUAUGGGUUAUUGUGGGAAGAAGAAGAAAGAAAUUCAGGAUCCUUUACGAAAGAUGAGCAAACAGACCAAGUAUAAAACUAAAUUAUAAUAAGUAUGUGUCUGAAUAAAGGCUAUUAUAAUCAUUAUGGGUUCUAAGGUCGAUGCUGUUGUUAAUACGUAAUACUUAAUGCAUGGUUACUAAGAUCCGUAUUCCAGAAGGUGCCUCAAUUAGUGAUCUGUGAUCAGAUGUGUCAUAGAAUAAUAACGGGGGAUAAAUGGAACAGAAUCACGGAACAAUUGAUCACGGAUUACAUAUUGGGACGCAGUCUGUGUCAUGAACAUAAACUAGAACAGAUUAGGCUAUUGUGAAAUUGUUAUUAAAACCUGAUAAGAGCAAGUCGAACUCGCAUACAGGGUUCCGUGUCAUCGACCAAGAUGAAACACAAUGUACUUUUUUAAUACUUAUAUUUUUCUAAAUUUUAAUGGCAGCCAUUUUAGAGUUCGCCGCCAUUUUGAAGUUCGCCGCCAUCUUGUUAUGAUUUGUUGUUAAAGCGGCAACAGUAAUACAUAUUCUGUUAAAACUUCAGCUGUCUACCAGUCCGCUGCCAGCACAGUCUAAGUACUAUUACUUAGUUGUUCUUGCAUUUCGGGAAAAGGAACACCAAAUAGGUGACUUUUCAGAUAUAUGGGGCCAUAGUUGAACUUAUCCUAAAAUGUUUCAAAUUGUCCAUUCAAAUAUAUUUUGUGUUUAUUGUGUGUUAUAUAAAAAAUAUUUAAAACAGCUCAAAAGCAUGUUUGAAAUUUAAUAAAAAAAAUCUGUUUUCAUUAAAAAAAUCUAACAAUUACAAUAUCUACUUAUAUUGUGCUGGCUUGGCCCAAGAUCAAAGAAGUAUUAUAUGUUUAACAAUCGUUUUGUUAAUUAUUCGGAAUUGAAGCUAAAACGAAAAUAUGAAGUACAUAUAGAAUAUAAUCUAUACUUGUGUAAAAAGCUGCGGGUAUGCAAGGUACUGACGUCCUACCGUCGUGGCCGGCCGAAUGGCUGCGAGUGUGAUUAAUGUAUUUUAAGGUGCGUACAGACUGGUGAAACGUUACAUGAAAUGUAUAAUUCUAUUUUUCAUUGCAUGUUCGCUGCAAGCGUGGACACAUUAUAGCGCACUAUGAAUGUCCUGUGUACGUCUGUUUCCUCCAUUCAGUAGCCAACGCGCCAUACUUUGAGAAAUUGCUACAGAGUGUGUUACCUUUCAUGAUACAUAUAUUGCCGCGUGUACGGUGAAUUCUUUCAUUGCAUGAUACAUUUCAUGUUACGUUGCACCAAUGUGUACGCACGAUUAUGUACACAGUACCAGAAGCACGCUGUGACAGACAUCUCCCCGACGUUGUCACAGCUGGUCACAAUUGUGACACCUAGUGUGAUUUCACAUAUUUCUCAAUUUAACAUAUAUAAAUUUAUGUUUAAACAGCAGUGUUCCGAAAUUAUUUUCAUUUCCAUUUGAAUUAUUUUUCAAUAAAAUGAAUAUUACAUUUAGUUUAAAUUUAGUGUUGUAAUACUAAUUUAUAAAAUAUUAUAUUUCGAAAAAAUGUCAUGUCACAAAAUAUGUCACGCCUCCCCGCCCCUUGUCUCACUUCGUCGAAUUAUAAUGUUUUGAACACUACUAGCAUUAAAAUGCUAUUUACUUGACUUGGUGCUAAUUCAUUUAAUAGGUAUAUAUACUCUUAUUGAAUAAAACACACUCGCAGCUAUUCUACAACUUUGUACCUAUAGAGAUGAUAGCUUUUGAAAAUUGUUUUAUCAAUAUAACACCGUCGUUGAACCUAUAAAUAUUUUGUAUGGACUGUUUCAACAAAACCGUUAUUGAAAAUUAAAUAAAGGAAAGACUGAUGAACCAUACGGAAGUGCCGUUUUAAACUUUUUGGGCAGUUUGUGAAUUUCCCCAACACCAAAGGUUAAAACAUAAAACCGCUGGCAAAAGUUUUCGAAAGCUAUCAUUUGUAAGUGGGCGGGGCGAGGGGCGUUACUUUGUCACGCUUUAAAUGUUGUCACGUGGCCGCGGGGUGUCCCUCAUCUGUCUGCGGGAACACAUUUUGCGACCUAUUUAUUAUUUUAAUAAAGUAUUUUACGAA